AUGCAGAUGCUCACAAAGUUCGAGUCCAAGUCGAACCGCGUCAAGGGCAUCGCCUUCCACCCGCGCCUCCCGCUCUUGGCAUCCUCGCUCCACAACGGCUCCAUCCAGCUAUGGAACUACCAGACCGGCACCAUCUACGACCGUCUCGAGGAGCACGAUGGCCCCGUUCGCGGCAUCUGCUUCCACCCCUCCCAGCCCCUCCUCGUCAGCGGUGGUGACGACUACAAGAUCAAGGUGUGGAAUCACAAGACCCGCAAGUGCCUCUUCACCCUCAACGGCCACCUCGACUACGUCCGCACCGUCUUCUUCCACCACGAGCACCCCUGGAUCCUCAGCGCCUCCGAUGACCAGACCAUCCGCAUCUGGAACUGGCAGAGCAGGACCUGCAUCGCCAUCCUCACCGGUCACAACCACUACGUCAUGUGCGCACAGUUUCACCCCAAGGACGACCUCAUCGUCUCCGCCUCCAUGGACCAGACCGUUCGCGUGUGGGACAUCAGCGGACUCCGCAAGAAGAACACCUCGGCACAGCCCAUGAGCAUCGAGGAGCAGAUCGCACGCGCCAACUCCGGUCAGGCCGACCUCUUUGGCAAUACCGACGCCAUGGUCAAGUACGUCCUCGAGGGCCACGACCGCGGCAUCAACUGGGCCUCCUUCCACCCGACCUUGCCCCUCAUCGUCUCCGCCGGCGACGACCGCCAGAUCAAGCUCUGGCGGAUGUCCGACUCCAAGGCCUGGGAGGUCGACACCUGCCGCGGCCACUUCAACAACGUCUCCUCCGCCCUCUUCCACCCGCGCCACGAGCUCAUCAUCUCCGACGCAGAGGACAAGACCAUCCGCGUCUGGGACAUGGGCAAGCGCACCGCCGUACAGACCUUCCGCCGCGAGUCCGACCGCUUCUGGGUCCUCACCGCCCACCCUACCCUCAACCUCUUUGCCGCCGGACACGACAACGGCCUCAUCGUCUUCAAGCUCGAGCGCGAACGCCCCGCCUUCUCCGUGCACCAGAACACGCUCUACUACAUUCGCGACAAGCAGGUCCGCUCGCUCGACUACUCGACCGGCGCCGACCACGCCCUGCUCAGCGUAAAGCGCCUCGGCAACCAGUACAUCCCCCCGCGCACCCUCAGCUACAACCCUGCAGAGCGCUCCGUCAUCGUCACCUCGGUCAGCGGCGACCAGGGCACCUUUGACGUCGCGCCGCUCCCGCGCGAGGCCGGCGGCGACCUCGCGGAGUCGUCGAGCGUCGGCAAGCGAGGCCAGGGCGCCAGCGCCAUCUUUGUCGCACGCAACCGCUUCGCCGUGCUCGACAAGGCCGCCCAGACCAUCGAGAUCCGCGACCUCAACAACGCAGUCACAAAGACCAUCACGCCACCCCAGCCCACCAACGAGAUCUUCUUUGGCGGCACCGCCAGCCUCAUCCUCAGCACCGCCACCGGCGUCAUCCUCUACGACAUCCAGCAGCAAAAGACGCUCGCCGAACUUACGAGCCCGCCCGUCAAGUACGUUGUGUGGAGCAUCGACGGCAGCAUGGUCGCGCUGCUCAGCAAACACACCAUCACGCUCGCCGACAAGUCGUUCGCCUCGUCCAACCUGAUCCACGAGACCAUCCGCAUCAAGAGCGCCGCUUGGGACGACAGCGGCGUGCUCCUCUACAGCACGCUCAACCACAUCAAGUACGCGCUGCCCCAGGGCGACAACGGCAUCAUCAAGACGCUCGAGCAGCCCGUCUACCUCACGCGCGUCAAGGGCAAGACCGUCUCGUGCCUCGACCGUCUGGCCCGCCCGCAAAACAUCCAGAUCGACCCCACCGAGUUCCGCUUCAAGCUUGCGCUCGUCCAGGGCAAGUACGACGACGUGCUCACCAUCAUCAAGAACUCCAACCUCGUCGGUCAGGCCAUCAUUGCCUUCCUCCAGAAGAAGGGCUACCCCGAGAUCGCCCUCCACUUCGUCCAGGACAAGAGCACGCGCUUCGACCUCGCCAUCGAGUGCGGCAACCUCGACGUGGCGCUCGAGACCGCCGAGUCGCUCAACGUCGACGAGGUGUGGGAGCGCCUCGCCACCGCCGCGCUGCGCCAGGGCAACCACAAGAUCGUAGAGCGCGCCUACCAGCGCACAAAGAGCUUCGACAAGCUCAGCUUCCUCUAUCUCAUCACCGGCAACACCGACAAGCUCGCCAAGAUGGCCGUCAUCGCAGACAAGCGCGGCGACCAUCUCAGCCGCUUCCACAAUGCGCUCUACCUCGGCAACGCCGAUGCCCGCGCCAGCGUGCUCGUCGACGUCGGUCUGCCUGCGCUCGCCUACGCCGCGGCCAAGUCCAACGGCCUCGAUGACCGCGCGACGGCCAUCGCUGCCGAGGCGGGCAUGGAGGAGGAGGCCGCCGAGGUGGACCGACAGCUGAGCCUCGGCGAGGGCUCGUCCAAGUUGGCGCCGCCCACCGCCGUGUCGCAGGCGUUCCAGUACAACUGGCCGAUUGUGAGCACCGAGCAGAGCUACUUUGACCGUGCGCUCGUCGCCGGCAACGAGGGCGGUCCGAUCUUCAAGGACAAUGCGCUCAACGGCGCCAAGACGCACGACAUCGAGUCGUGGCUCGACGGCGAGGCGCUCGAAGAAUCGGACGACGACGACGACGAGGAUGCACUCGAUGCCGAACCCGAGGACUUUGGCGAGGCCGAAGAGGCGUGGGAUCUGGCGGAAGAGGAGGAGGAGGUGGCGCUGGCCGAGCAAGAGGCGGCGGUGGUGGCGCCGCUCCACGAUGCGCCGCUCGACGGACUGGCCGCCGGCAGCUCCGAGGCGGAACACUGGCUGCGCAACUCGGCCGUGGCUGCCGACCACGCCGCUGCGGGCUCGGUGGAGACGGCCAUGACGCUGCUCUCGCGGCAGGCGGGCAUCGUCGACUUUGCGCCGCUCAAGCCGCUCUUCCUGUCGUCGUUCCUCGCCGCGCGCAGCUAUCUGCCUGCGGCGCCGGGCGUGGGCCCCAUCGAGGUGCAUCUGCGCAGGAACAACGAAGAGAGCGACGGCAAGGUGACGCAGGCGCAUCCGGCGUCGCCGCGCUCGGUCAAGGCGCUCGCUUCGGGCGAGCUGCAGGAGGGCUACCGCGCCGUGAGCGCCAACAAGCUCGCCGAGGCCGAGACGAUCUUCCGACGUCUGUUGCACCAGCUCGUGCUGACGCCGGCGUCGAGCGAGGCCGAGGCGACCGAGAUCCAGGACCUGGUGGUGCUGUGCCGCGAGUACAUUCUGGGCGUUUCGAUCGAGCUUGGGCGGCGCAAGCUGGUGCAGACGGAGCCGGACAAUGUGGCGCGCAACCUGGAGCUGGCGGCGCUGUUUACGCAUACGCAGCUGCAGCCGCAGCAUCAGACGCUGGCGCUGCGCAGCGCCAUGACCGAGGCGCGCAAGGUGAACAAUCUGGCCAUGGCGGCGAGCUUUGCCAAGCGGCUCGUGGCGCUGUCGCCCGCGCCCGCCGUGGCGCAGAAGGCGCAGCAGAUCAUCUCGCUCGCCGAGCGCAGUCCGCGCGAUGCGGUCGAGGUGGCCGGGUACGACCCGCUCGAGCAGACGUUUGUCAUCUGUGCCGGAUCGCACCGUCUUAUUACGGCGGCGGGCGCAGGGUCGGUGGCGGACCCGCUCACGGGCGCACGCUACCUGCCCGAGUUCAAGGGGUCGCUCUGCAAGGUCUCGCAGAUCUCCCAGGUGGGCAGGCUCGCGUCGGGCCUGCGCAGCUUUGCCAAGUGA